CCAUGCAAGAUUAACCCCUUGUUUGUGAAUCGAGCAGCAGCAACGAAGAUGAUGGAGGCGUUUGCGAGCGUGGAGGAUGCAGCAGCACAGCAGCUUGUGCACGGCGUGAUUGAUGGCGUUUGCGGCCAAGACCCUCCCUCAUUCUCCGGCAUCGCCACUGGGCUCUCCCUGCAACAGUGGACCUCGACCGUGAACACACUGACGCAGGCCAUCGAGAAGCAAUUUGGACGAGAGAAUGGCACAGAAGAGGUUGUGAAAGCAUUGGAGCAGUCUGGUCUGCCGAGCGCCAAGGGCGCCGUUGUUCGCGCGUGCUUGGAUGCGCGCUCGAACGAUCUGCACAAGGCCUUGAUUCGCAAAGCCUGCGCCGUGGGAGAGGCCUGCGUUGUUGACUUUGACUGGGAUGUUCGGCUGGCUGUGUCGAGUUCCAGUAUGCACACACUCAAGAUCCCGCUUGUACACCUCACGCUCACGCUGCAGCAGCCGUCUGGGCGAAGAGAGGAUGUGCACGUGGAGUUGUCCGAGGAGGAGCUUGAUGCAUUCUUGUCGUCCCUCAACGUUGCAAACAAGCGGGUGCAGGCGCUGUCUGCGUGAUAUUGCCGUCGUCAUGGUGUCGGCGUUCAACUGUUACAUUACUCAUUGCUGUGAAGACGUGAAAACAUCAAGAGGAUGAGGGGGGGGGGGAGGAUUACGACAGGGUGGCAUUGAGACGUUGGGUUGCGAUGUGUGCAGUGGGUGAUGUGAUGUGACUUGGAGAUGUGCUGUGUGUUCUGGCGGGUGUGUUGGGCUGGCUGUUACCUGCACCGACUUGCGUCCGCUGCCUCUCUUGUUUCAGUGCGUUUAUUGUCGAUCAUCGCGGCACGUUUGCACACACGCGCAAGAGCAAAGCACGAGCAAGCAUGCAUGGGAUGUUGUGUUGCAUGGCGAAAAUAACACAGAUGGUUGGACGCGUGAGACAAUAAAUAGAUCCAAGCUC